AUGACUUGUGAAACAACACCAUAUCAUAAAAUAAAUAAGCUUUUUUUGACUAUCAUUGGACAAUGGCCAUAUCAAUCAUCUCUGUCCAAGCGCAUUAGCUACAUCAUCAUGCUUUUCUUCACUACUACUCACGGCUAUUUGCAGACUGCUGGGAUGAUAGCUGCUAGGAUCGACAUCGAUGUUUUUCUGGAAGCUCUUCCAACUGUUUUAGCAGAUGUAGUUUGUGGAGUAAAAAUGAUUAAUUUUUUCUGUAAUGCAGUCAAGAUGAAAAAACUUUUAAUGCUGAUGGAAAAAGAUUGGAAAACUUUUUCAACAGACAAAGAGAAUGAAAUUUUGAACGAAUAUGCUCAUUUUGGCUAUAAAGUUACGAUAUAUUAUGCUGGUGCGCUUUAUGGAACUGUGGUGCCGAUGAUGUUGGUACCAUUAGCUCCUCUUAUUCUAAACAUCGUAGCUCCUAUGAACGAAAGCUAUCCAAAGCAUUUGAUGUUUCAACAAAUCGAAUUCUUAUUUGAUUUUGAGAAAUAUUUUUAUCCUUUGUUAAUUCAUGGCUACUUGGGUACCUUUGCAUAUUUAACUAUUCUUAUUGCUAUUGAUACAAUGUUUAUGGUUUACAUUCAACAUGCCUGUGCCAAGUUUCUAAUCGUUGGUUUAUCAUUAAACCGUGUGGCUGAAGAUGACAAUAUUAAUUCGCAAUGCACGAAAAGUCAUAAUAUUGAUUAUCAGAAAAUGAUCAACUGCCUUACAUAUCAUAAUGAAGCUAUCGAAUUUGCGAAUCUUAUUGAAGAAAGCAAUUAUUUUUCUUUCAUUUUCGUUAUUGGCAUCAAUAUGCUCAUGAUGACUGCUUCAGGUUUAGUGGCUGUUUUUAAGAUGAAUGAACCUAAUGUGGCGAUGAAAUUUGCAGCUUUUACUUUAGGAGAGGUAUUCCACCUCUUUUAUAGUAGUUGGCAAGGAGAAUUAUUGCUGGAACACAGUGCAUCUAUAUUUUACACUGCUUAUCAAGCUAAUUGGAACAACACGUCAUUAAGUUCUCAACGACUUUUCAUUCCUUUAUUACUAAGAAGUGCAACUCCUUGUAAGCUUACUGCAGGCAAAAUGUACACUAUGUCAUUGAAAAGCUUUAGUUUGGUUGUAAAAACUUCAUUCUCAUAUCUCACCGUAUUUAUGACAAUGCAUAGCAGAGCUUUCAGACCUGUCAAACAUCCAUUAACUUUUCAAAAGUUUGCAUCGACAGACAUGCGAAUAAUAUCAUAUGUGCUCAUGGUGUAUUCAAGCAGUCUGCUUUUACACUUCUUGGAGUUUGAGAAGUUAUUAAGAUAUUUAACCAUGGAAAAAUCGGAAGGAGCAAAAUUUUUUUCUGAUCCUGCCUACGAUGUACAAGUUAAAAUCUUAGGUCACGUAGGAGUAUGGUUUUAUCAGUCUAAAAAAGUAAAACGUAUAUGGAAAUUUAUUUAUGUAUUUGUUCACGUCAGUGGUCUUAUUCCUGUGAUGCAUGCUACUUAUGUAGACCAUUCGGCUCAUUCUCUUUUUUCAUCACUUCCACUCUAUAUUGUUAUUUUUGUAUCCGUUACUAAGUACACCAACGUUCAUCUGCAAUGGGAUAAACUUAUGGCAAUAUUAAAUUCAUUGCAAUACGAAUGGAAAGUAUUACCAGAGGGCCCUUGCAAAGAUAUUAUGAGACGACAUGCCUAUAAACAGAGAAAAAUAGCCCAAGUUUUCUUAAUGAUUUUUGCUAUUUCAGUACUUAUUUAUGUCUCAUUUCCUAUGGCACCGAAAAUAUUCGAUGUUCUUGGAUUCAUAGAUGGUCCUACUAGACUUGAAUUUCCAUAUCCUGUUGAUUACUGGUGUGAUGAUCAAGAAAACUACUAUUGGAUUCUAGCACAUCUCUGUUUUUGUGCUUUUGUAGUAAUGAGCAUGCUCACAGGGAAUGACACAAUAGCGAUAAUGUUGCUUCAACAUGUUUGUGCAGUUUAUGAAACUAUAAAUUAUCGUUUAGAAACUUUGACAAGUGGAGAAAAUCUUAAUAUAGAUCUCAACCCUCCUAAAUCGCAAGACAAACCGUAUUACAUUGUUAUAGAUUGCAUCAAAACUCACAAUAGAAUUAUUGAAUAUUGUAAGAUGUUGGAGGAAUUUUAUCGAUGGGAGCUUUUCGUUGUGAUAAGUGCUGAAACAUUCUUAAUGACAUUUACAGGAAUACGACUCGUACUGGACCUGGGUGAACCUUUUGAAGCAGCACGUUACAUCGUUUUUGUCGUGACUCAAGCUAUCCAUGUAUUUUUUUUAAGUCAAUUGUCACAAAUUAUGAUUGACUGCAGUACUGGAAUAAGGGAAUCUAUAAUUGGAAUAAAGUGGUAUGCACUCUCUACAAGAACUAGAAAGCUUUUGAAUUUGAUUAUAAUAAGAAGUUCUGUACCUAAUUAUCUAACAGUUGGAAAAAUCUUUGUUUUAUCACUAGAGUUUUUCAUCGCGAUAAUAAAAACUUCAAUGUCAUACUUCACCCUACUCCGAUCUGUUCAAGAAGAAGACUAGAUUAAAUACAAAAGUUUAUUGGUGUUACAGUUCAAUUAGCAUUACUAAAAAGAUUAAAUUAUUUUUUUUUCACUGACUAUAAAUAUAUGAAGAAUUCUUAUUUGGAACAAAAAUAAUGAAAAUAAAUUGUUA